GUUGCUGACUGGCGCUCUUUCCCAACGGUUGUGUUCGCUUCACGUUCCAAAGAAAACGAUAAAUAAACUAAAAAUUUAUGACAAACUAAUUCUAAGAUGAAUAUAUCUCCCGAUCCUGUAAAUUUAAUCAAGGAUAUUAAGCAAUAAAACUAUUAAACUAACAUACUCAAUUUAAUAGUAUGUCGAAUCAAGUGCUAUAAUAAAAAUAAAUAAAAAUAUAUUCAUACUCAAAAUCAGAGCAAAAAAUAUUCUCAAUUUAAACAGUUAAAAAUUCAAAAAAGGGAAUUUAUAGUGCCACUUAAUACUAAAACAAACAAAAAAUAAUAUCUAAACACAAAAUGGAUUUAUCAAGGCGGUCUCGAUUACCGCCUUUGAUAGGAUUCAUUCUAUUACUUUGUAUUCAAACGUCACAGUCAAGAUUUUUUGGUGAGCGGUUAAAAAGACAAAAUGGCGCACAUAUGUAUCUUCCUGCGAGUUCGAUAAUACCUGGGGGUGAGGGUGAUGAUUCCACAGAAUGGAGCGAUUGGAGUUCAGCUUCUGAAUGUUCGAGAUCGUGUGGAGGCGGUGUUUCGUUUCAGACAAGAGAAUGUUUGAGAACAGCGCCAAAUGGUGCUCCUAUAUGUAAGGGAGGAAAUCGUAAAUAUUUUUCUUGCAAUACCCAAGAUUGUCCUGAAGGGGAACCAGAUUUUAGAAGUCAACAGUGUUCCCGUUUUAAUCAUCAGCCAUUUGAUGGAAUUUUCUACGAGUGGAUUCCUUACAAAAAUGCUCCCAAUCCUUGUGAGUUAAAUUGUAUGCCAAAUGGCGAGCGUUUUUACUACAGACACAAGGCUAAAGUUAUUGAUGGAACACGAUGCAAUGAUAAAGAUUUAGACGUAUGUGUUGAUGGUCAAUGUCAACCAGUGGGUUGUGAUAUGAUGCUCGGAUCUGAUGCAAAAGAGGACAUUUGUCGCAAAUGUGGAGGUGACGGAACAACAUGCCGUACAAUUGCUGACCGAUUUACUACAAAUAACCUAGCUGCAGGAUACAAUGACUUGUUGUUGAUACCAAGUGGUGCCACAAAUAUUCGUAUACAAGAGACAUCCCCAUCGAACAAUUAUUUAGCUUGUCGGAACUUAAGUAGUCAUUAUUAUUUGAAUGGAAAUUUUCGAAUUGAUUUUCCUAGAUCAAUGGAAUUUGCUGGUUCAUGGUGGAACUAUCAAAGAAAACCUAUGGGCUUUGCAGCACCGGAUCAGUUAACUUGUCUUGGUCCUAUUAAUGAACCAAUUUUUAUUGUGAUGUUAGUUCAAGACAAAAACGUUAGUAUCGAAUAUGAAUACAGUAUUCCGCAAUCAGUUAGUUCCAGUACGCCUGAUGUUUACACCUGGACCCACAUGGAAUAUGGACCUUGUACUGCAUCCUGCGGUGGUGGAACCCAGACACGUACAGUCACUUGUAAUAAUCGACUAAAUUUGAAAGAGGUUGACGUAAGCUUUUGUGAUGAAAGGGCAAAGCCAGCAGAAAGUCAAGAAUGUGGAAUGGAACCUUGUGCUCCUCAUUGGGUUACAAGCGAAUGGGGAAAAUGUUCUAAAGGUUGUGGCUCAGACGGCAUGCAAAAUAGAACUGUUACUUGUGAGCGCACUUCUGCAACAGGAGAAAAUACUAUUGAAGAAGACUCAGUUUGCUUAGAAGAAGUUGGAAACAAGCCUGCCAAUCAGCAAGAGUGCAACCGGGAUAUUGAGAACUGUCCCAAAUACCAUUUAGGUCCAUGGACACCAUGUGAUAAAUUAUGUGGCGAAGGCAAGCAAAAGCGAAAAGUUACUUGCUAUAUUGAGGAAAACGGUCGAAAAAAAGUUUUAAACGAUGACGAUUGCAUUGAAGAAAAGCCAGAAACGGAAAAAGUGUGCAUGUUGACUCCAUGUGAGGGUGUGGAUUGGAUAAUAUCCCCUUGGAGUGGUUGCGAUGCUUGUGGACAAACAACAGAAACUCGUACUGCAAUUUGCGCUUCCAAAUCCGGAAAGGUUUAUGAUGAUGAAUUUUGCGCACCUGAAACACCAUCAUUAUCCAGACCUUGUGAAUCCAAAAAAUGUAAAACUUUAUGGUUUACAUCCGAAUGGAGUAAGUGUUCAUCGCCAUGCGGCAAAGGCAUUCAGUCACGUGUUGUUUUGUGUGGAGAAUACGAUGGUAAAACUAUUACGAAAGUAACGGACGAUUCUCAAUGUGACGUCACUUCUAAACCUGAAGCUGAGCAGGAAUGUGAGGGUGAUGACAAGGAGUGUCCUGGCCAGUGGUUCACUGGACCCUGGGAAUCAUGUACUAAGCCAUGUGGGGGAGGCGAAAGGCAACGCGAGGUCUUAUGUUUGACAAACGGUACGAAAUCCAAUAACUGUGACGAAUCAAAAAUCCAGUCGCUAUCUGAAAAAUGUAAUACUCAAGCCUGCACAGAAGAUGAGGUCAUGCCUGUAGAAAGUACUGAUAAGCAGGUUACUGAUGAAGAAUAUGAAGAAGACUGUGAAGAAGAGGACGAUGACAACAUAAAAUAUGUAACCGAUAAAAUGAGUGAAGAUUUGAAGACUUCUGAUGGUAUUGAUUUCGAUGAAGAAUCAACAAUGUCAUCAUUGAUAACUGAUGAUCUUAUGUUGAGUGACAGUACUCCUUCAGUAGACACUACCGAUGAGGAAAUUUCUACCGAUACUCCUCUUACUACUGUCGAUGGUUCAGGUGACGAAGCAGAGAGUACUGAGUUCUCUAGUAUUGCUACGGAAGGUAGCGGUGACGGUAUAGAAACAACUUCUGAAACUACAGAUCGCUCUCAAUCAACUGAUCCUUCAGAAUCAACUGGAUCUGAUUAUACUGAAUCAACAAUUUCAUCGACGGAAGAAUCUUCAUCCACUGAAUAUUCUUCAUCAACGGAAUCUUCAUUAUCAACAGAUUCCUCUCUAUCAUCUGAUGCUUAUUCAUCAACCGAAUCGUCUUCAUCUACGGAAUCCUCCCUUUCAACUGAAUCUUCAUCAACUUCUGAUAUCGAUACGACAUCCUCCGAUAUUUAUAGUUCUACUGACGUGUCAGAAAGUACUUUUGUAACUAAAAUCUCAACAGACAUAACCAAGUCUACUGAUAGUUCUGACACUACAUCGUCCGAUUUUACAGAUAAAUACACUGUUUCACUUGCUACUGAUAGUUCCGAAACUACAGAUAUUUCCAAGUCUACAGACUUAGAAUCUACUACUGUAUCACUUCAUACAGAUACAUCUGAAUCGUAUUCGUCGACAGAACUAUCUACCGAAUUCUCUGGUGCAACUGGUAAUUCUGAAUCUACUAGUUUUAAAGACGAAUCUGAAACAACUGUUUCUGAAGACAUAUCAUCAUCUUCAGAUUCCUCUACAUACUCAUCUUCUGUAACAGACACUUCUACUGAAUCUUCAUCAGCAACAGAUAAAAUUGAUUCAACUGAGAUAUCUACUGGUUCUACAGAUUCAUCUACUGAAAAAACUGAAUCUACCGAAACAACUGAAUCUACUGAAUCUACCGAAACAACGGAUUCGACAUCCCUAGAUUCAACGGAAUCGUCACUUUCAACCGAAACAAUAACAGAGUCAUCAGUUUCGACAACAAACCUACCUACAGAUUCAUCUGUUACUGAUUCAACAGAGUCUUCUGAAUCUACCGAAACAACGGAUUCGACGUCCCUAGGUUCAACGGAAUCGUCACUUUCAACCGAAACAAUCACAGAGUCUUCAGUUUCGACAACAAAUCUACCUACAGAUUCAUCCGUUACUGAUUCAACAGAGUCUACUGUAACUACCGAAUCUACAGAUUCAACAGACUUAUCAAACUCAGAUUCUACAGAGUCCACAAUUUCAACCGAACCCACUACAGAAUCAUCUGUUUACACGACAGUCCAAUCUACUGGCUCAAUAGCAUCUGAUUCAACUAAUUUCUCUGAAGCUUCUGAAUAUACCGAUUUCACAGAUUCUUCAACCUCAGAUUUAAGGGAUUCUACACUUCAAACAGAUACUACAACAGAAUCCCCUGUUUCUACAACAGAUCAAUCUACAGAUUCAACAGAUUUUGCUUCUACUGACUCCUCGGCAGCUACAGAAUCAUCGGAAACAACUGAUCUUACUUCUUCUACAGACAUAUUUACAUCGACAGAACUUUUAGCUUCAACUGAAUCUUCUAUAUGGACAUCAAGUUCCACUAAGUUAUAUGAAACCACUGUAUCAUCUGAGACAUCUUCUACAGAUAUGUCUACAUCUACUGAUGUUACUUUAUCCUCAGAUUCUACAACAGUUAUAUCAUCCACUGAUAUCAUAACAUCAUUGAAAUCAAGUACAGAUGUUUCUGAAUCUACAGACACAUCCUAUACUUCCGAAUCAUCAGAUGAAUUAACAGAACCAUCAAGUACUUUGGGUAUAUCAGACACAACAGAUUUUUCAACAGAAACAAUUGGCCAGGAAUCGUCCGGAGACACCACUUUGGAAACUGAAUCUACAGUUAUUUUCGACUCAACUACUGACACUUCUGGUGAUUCUUCACUUUCAACAAAUGAAUUUACCACGGUCGAUAUAUGGACAACUGAGGAAGAUUAUGAGAAGAGUACUCCUAACACAUUGGAAGCCGCUAUUACAAAAGAAUCUAAAGUGAAAAAAUGUAAAGCCAAAAAGCUUAAGGAUUGCAAAAAAACUGAGCAUGGAUGCUGUCCAGAUGGAAAACAUAUUGCAAAAGGUCCUUUUGAUAAGGGUUGUCCUAUUGCUAAGACUUGUGCUGAAACCGAAUUUGGUUGUUGUCAUGAUGGUGUAUCUCCAGCUGGUGGUAAAAACUUUGAGGGCUGUCCUCAAUCACAAUGUGCAGAAACAUUAUUCGGUUGUUGCCCAGAUAAAUUUACAGCUGCAGAAGGAGAAGAUUACGAAGGAUGUCCAGAACCAACAACAUUACCACCAACCACAACUACUGAAAUACCAGAAGAAACUACAGAACUUCUGGAAUCUGAAAGUGCUGAAACAUACAGUACUAAUAUUCCAGAAACCACUGAUGUUUUUAGUACAGACAGUACUGAUAUACAAGAAACAACUGAUAUCUUUGAUACAACAGAUAUUUCUGAAACAACCGAUGCAACACUAACAAAAGUUACUGUACAGUCUUGUUCAUUUAGUGAGUUCGGUUGCUGUCCAGAUGGUAAAACUGUUGCUUCUGGCAAAAACUUUGCGGGAUGCGAAGAUGUGUUUGAUGAAAAGAAUUGCAGGAACUCACUGUUUGGCUGCUGUAAUGAUGGACGAACAUCGGCUACUGGUCCUGAUAAUGAAGGAUGCCCGGCAUGUACUUACGAACCAUACGGCUGUUGUCCAGACAACGAAACUCCAGCACAUGGUCCUCUAGGAGAAGGUUGUUGUUUAAAUUCACCAUUUGGUUGCUGCCCUGAUAACAUUAACAGCGCUCGUGGUCCAAACUUUGAAGAUUGUGACUGUCAGUAUGCACCGUACGGUUGUUGCCCAGAUAAAAAAACUGCUGCCCGUGGUCCUAACAGUGAAGGAUGUGGCUGUGAAACUUUAGAGUUUGGUUGCUGUCCCGACAAGCUUACGCCCGCUCUGGGUCCUAAAUUUGAAGGAUGUUCCUGUCACACAUUGCAAUUUGGUUGCUGUCCCGAUGGUAUUACUGUGGCUCAAGGUCCUCAUCAUUAUGGCUGUCAUUGUUCUCAAACAGAAUUUAAAUGUUGUCCAGAUGAAAAAACGCCAGCUAAGGGACCUAAUAAUGAAGGUUGUACUUGUUUAGAGAGCAAAUAUGGCUGUUGUCCUGAUGGUGUUACCUCUGCCCAAGGUGAUAAAUUUGAUGGCUGCGAAAAUGUUAAAGAACCACCACAAAUGUCCUGCAAAUUACCCAAAGAAACUGGUACCUGCGGUAACUUUUCCAUUAAAUUCUUCUUUGACACUUCAUAUGGCGCAUGUGCUAAAUUUUGGUAUGGCGGAUGUGGAGGCAACGGCAAUAGAUUCGAUUCAGAAAGUGAAUGCAAGGAAACCUGUCAAGAAUUUAAAGGAAAAGAUGCAUGUCUCUUACCUAAGAGUCAAGGACCCUGCACAGGAUACAUUACCAAAUGGUACUUUGAUUCUGAUCGUGGACGAUGUGAAGAAUUCAAAUAUGGUGGAUGCUAUGGCACAAAUAAUCGUUUCGACAGUCUGGAAGAGUGUCAAUCAUUAUGUACAGUUAGUGAAAGUAUUCCCACUUGUGAACAGCCAAUGGAUGAAGGACCGUGCGAAGGUAGUUUUGAACGGUGGUACUAUGAUAAUGCGACUGAUGUAUGUCGUCCGUUCAGAUAUGGUGGCUGCAAGGGUAACAAAAACAAUUACCCAACAGAGCAUGCUUGUAAUUACCACUGUCGUCAACCAGGAGUACAUAAAGAUUAUUGUUCAUUACCUAAGAAAACCGGUGAUUGCGGCGAAAAACACGCACGUUGGCAUUAUUCCGAGGCAGAUAAGAAAUGCAUGCCCUUCUAUUACACUGGUUGUGGAGGAAAUAAAAACAAUUUCCAAUCUUUGGAAUCAUGCGAGGAUCAUUGCCCCAAACAAGUUGCCAAGGAUAUAUGCGAAAUUCCCGCAGAAGUGGGAGAAUGCACCAAUUAUGAACCUAUGUGGUACUACGAUACUAAAGAUCAACGCUGCCGUCAAUUUUAUUAUGGCGGUUGUGGUGGAAAUGAAAAUAAGUUCACUUCGGAGGACGCUUGUAAUCAAAGAUGCGAAAAAAAAUCAGAACCACAACCAGAACCACAACCUGAACCACAACCAGAAGUUGUCCAACCACCAACUGACAUCAAUGUGUGUGAUGAGAAACCAGCUCAAGGAGAAUGUGACAACUACACUAUGGUAUGGCACUUUGACAAGGAAUAUUCUGUUUGUCGGCAAUUUUAUUAUGGAGGAUGUGGUGGUAAUGGAAAUAGAUUUGAAAGCCAAGCAGAUUGCGAAAGACAAUGUAUUGGUGAGUCACAAGCCGUCCCCGAAUCCGUUCCAGUCCAACCUGAGCAGCCGACAAAUGAGAAUGUCUGCUUAUUACCACAAGAUACAGGCGAUUGUGAUGAUUACAUGCCUUACUGGUACUUCGAUUCUACAAUUUCUCAAUGUUCUUCAUUUUACUAUGGUGGCUGUGGAGGCAAUGGUAAUCGCUUUACUUCAGAAGAGGAAUGUCUCAAACACUGUAGUGCGGAACCAGGUUUCCAGACUAGAUUUGAGCCUGACCUGGAAGCAAGUCCGGAAAUUGAUGACGCUCGCAAAUGUUUCUUGCCAGUUGCAACUGGAAACUGCUUAGACAACCAGGUUCGUUGGUAUUAUAACAGUGUUGAUGGCGUUUGCGAUGAAUUCGUGUACACAGGUUGUGGUGGCAAUGCUAACAGCUAUGCCUCGGAAGAUGAAUGUGAAAAUGAAUGCUUCCCCGCUCAGGAGACAUGUGUUUUACCACCACUGAGAGGUAAUGGAACUGAAAGUAUGAUCAGAUGGCAUUUCAAUGAAGAAAUCGGUAGAUGUAGUGAAUUCGAAUUUACUGGUGGUCGAGGUAAUAGAAACAAUUUUGUAACUGAACAGGAAUGCAUGUCACGGUGUGGAAGUGGCGAACAACCUGCUUCAACUUAUUCCGUAUGUGACCAACCUCUGGAGGCUGGGGAAUGCGAUAACAGUACCACAGCAUGGUACUACGAUAAUGAAAGCAUGAUUUGUGUGGCUUUUACUUAUACCGGUUGUGGUGGAAAUGGUAAUCGGUUCCAAUCUCGGGAACAGUGUGAGCGGCAGUGCGGUGAAUUCAAGGGUGUUGACGUCUGCAAUGAGGAAGUGGCAACCGGACCAUGUCGUCAGUGGCAAACGCGGUAUUACUUUAAUAAGACUUCCCGAAUUUGUGAGCCAUUUACUUAUGGCGGUUGCCAAGGUACCGGCAAUAGGUUUGAAAAUCGUGGCGAAUGUGAAUCAGUGUGUUUAAUUGGCCAAGAGCCUACAUUCCCUCAUAAUAAAGGUACUAAAACAAUCUACUUUCUACUACAAGACAAACCUAACCAUUCUAUUAUGAGUCCAGAUAUCUGCAAACAGGAAGUUGAUGUGGGACGUUGUAGAGGUCGUUCAGAGACUCAACGUCGUUGGUAUUAUGAUGAUGCUCGUGGCAAUUGUAUUUCGUUUAUCUAUUCGGGUUGUGCGGGCAAUCAAAAUAAUUUCCGCUCCUAUGAAUCUUGUUAUGAUUUCUGUUCAAAAACGGAUAUUACAAAUGAAGUUUUGCCAAAUCGUUGCGAAUCGUAUGAAAAUGAAUGUAACUCAAUGGCUUGUCCUUAUGGAGUACGGCGUAUUCCUGUUGACGAUAAUGAAUGUCAACGCUGCGAAUGUAACAACCCUUGUGCCGAUCACGCAUGCAAUGAUGGACAACAGUGUGCGAUUGAAGUUUCUCCGAACGUACCUGGACAAUUUAUUCCAGUUUGCCGUCUCAGCAAUAAACCUGGCCUCUGUCCACAACUAAGCGCUGACGACGGUAUUUGCGGACGAGAAUGCUACACUGAUGCUGAUUGUAGGGAUGAUAACAAAUGCUGUAGCAAUGGUUGUGGUUUCGUUUGUGUACGCCCUACUCCACCUACCGUCCGUACAACAGCGCCUACAACAGCAGCUCCUGUUGUUGUUUAUCCAGGAGAAGUUCGAGCCUCAUUAGCUCCAAAGGAAAAACAAGAAUUAGAUGUUCAAACUCCAAUGGGUGGUAUUGCUGUCCUUAGAUGUUUUGCCACUGGAAAUCCAGCCCCUAACGUUACCUGGUCCCGUAACAAUGUAGUGGUUGACACAAAUCAAGGCCGUUACGUUUUGACCUCAAGCGGUGAUUUAACAAUCGUACAAGUUAGACAGACCGACAGUGGGUCUUAUGUUUGUGUAGCCAGUAAUGGAUUGGGUGAACCUGUCAGACGUGAAGUUGAAUUACAAGUUACAGAGCCUGUUAAUUUGCCUGCUUAUGUAUAUGGUGAUAGAAAUGUUACGCAAGUAGUGACAUUAAAUAGACCUGCUGUAGUUCGCUGUCCUGCUGGAGGUCAUCCAGCGCCCAUGGUACACUGGUGGCGAAAUCGUAGUCGUUUACCAUUGGUUAGUCAGCGUUAUGAAUUAGCUCGUGAUUAUUCUUUAACAUUCCGUUCGGUCAAACUUUCUGAUUUGGGUCCUUAUACUUGCGAUGCUUGGAAUCGUUUAAGUAGACGUCCAGCAUCUAUUAAAGUGACAUUAGUUGCCGUUGGCCCUGCACGCGCGGUAACCAAUGAGGAUGCACAAUAUCUUCAAUAUAUUGUGGAACCUCCAAAAGCUCCCGUAACUCAGCGACCAUCAUUCCCAUAUCGUCCCACAAGACCUCCAGCAAUCCCACCACCUUAUGUACCUGCAAUUCCUGUAAGUGCAGUCGUAGGAAUGGAUCCCAACAAUAAUUAUACACCCGGCUCCACUAUUGCUAUAGGAUGUUCUGUACAAGGCUACCCUAAACCGAAUGUAACAUGGAUUAAAGAUGGCCUACCACUGUUACCAAGCGAACGAAUCCAAAUAUCAGUUGGUGAACCUUAUCGUCUAGUAAUUAACAAUAUAAAUUCUGCUGAUUCUGGUAAAUAUGGCUGCAAAGCAGCUAAUGCAGUUAGUUAUUCGAUCAGUGAAGAAAGUGUUAAUGUUGAAUCAACAAUUCCAUUAAAUCCUGAGUGCAUAGACAAUGAACAUUUUGCCAACUGUAAACUUAUCGUAAAGGGACGUUACUGCAAGAAUAAAUACUAUGCCAGAUUCUGUUGUAGAUCAUGUGCUCUAGCUGGCCAGCUUUAACUCAGUACCAACAAAAACGAUAAUAAUAACAACACUGCAUAUUUUUAAACUGCAAAAGUCUAAUAGAGGUCUUUCUUAAGAGAAAAGCACAAAUUUUGUAUUAACUUAAGAUUAUUUUCCAUAAAGAUUUUAAAAUGUAAUAGUAUGUAUACAAAAACCUCAGGCCAUUGUAACUGUUUAAAAAAUUAAAUUUUAGUGUAUAUUUAACAAAUGAAUUAGAACGAAAUUUAAAAAAGAGAUUAUAGUAAAGUCAUACCAGUUCAAUAUAACGAUUUAUAUAGAGAAGCUUAUAAUAAAGAAACGAGUUUUUUAAUUAACUAUAAGAAAUUUUAGUAAAUAAUUUGUUCCUAUUUAUUGCCCGAGUCAAUAAAGUAAAUGGUAACGCCGCUACGACAAAGUAUUAAUAUUUAUCCCCCACAAAAUCAAAACAAAUAAAACACAGAUAAUGAUAUUAAUAAAAUAAUAAUGAUAAUAAUAAUAAUUAUAUGAUAAUAAGCGAAAUUUGUGCAUUUAUAAGUUUUUGUAAAUAAAAACAAAAAAUAAUAAUUGAA